CAUCUAUUUUGUGUUUACCAUAUGUUUGCAACCAAUUUCACAAGAGAGUAAGUCUUCUGGAUAUGGUACUUUUCACCAGGAAGAUGGAGGGCUGGGCAUGCUCUAGAAUUCUAAAACUUUGUGACUCAACUCUGAUUCUGUGGUUCUACUACUAAGUAGAGUGAUCACUAAGGGCUCAUUUCCAAGGGCUCCAUGUCACUCUGGUGGUGAGGCAGACCAUGAUUUGGGCUGCAAUGUUCGCUCACUCUUUCUUUUACUAGAGUUCUGCCAUUGAAUCAUGGAGUCAACAUCCCAGGACAAAAAGGCAACUCAUGUCAUCACUAUACAACCAAAUGAAACUGUAUUGACUGCAUUUCCCUACAGACCUCACAGCUCUCUGCUGGACUUUCUAAAAGGAGAGCCAAGAGUGUUGGGGGCUACCCAGAUCCUCCUUGCUCUAAUCAUUGUGGGCCUUGGAACAAUAUUUGUUCUUAAUUACAUCCAUUUCUCCCAAAGACUUCCCCUUGUUCUCCUCUCAGGAUAUCCAUUUUGGGGAGCACUUAUUUUUAUGGUUACAGGGUACCUCACAGCAGUCGAAGAGAAAUCAAAAACUCAGGGUCAAGGUGUCAUGGCCAUGAAUGUUAUCAGUUCCUUGGUUGCGAUAACUGGGAUUACUUUCACCAUACUCAGCUACAGACAUGAAGACAAGUACUGCCAGACACCUUCCCUUGAAGAAACAUGUGUUUUAGGUAGAACUCUUUUCAUUGGAAUUUUGUCAAUCUUACUGAUCAUCAGCAUAGCAGAGCUCAGCAUCUCUGUGACUAUUGCAUCCUUUAGAAGCAAGUGCUGGACGCAGUCAGAUGAGGUUCUGUUUUUCUUGCCUUUGGAUGUUACUCAAAAUAGUGAACAACCUGCCCCAGAAGAAAAUGCUCAAUUACAAUUUGUGCUUCAAGAAGAGUUUUCCAGUGAUGAUUCAACAACAAAUGCACAGCCUGUUUUCUUUGGAGGCUAUGCUUUCUUCAAGUUAAGACUCUCUAGAAGUCCUUUAGUCUCCCAACCAGAUAAUAAAGAUAGGAGAUCUGUGACAGAUGAACAAAAGCAAAGUAUCCUUUCAGCUCCUAAAUUUUCAGAGGAAGAAAUGCCCAUUCAGCCAGACUCUACAUUUAAACAAAUGACAGAUGAAGAUCUACAAUCUGCUAUGAUACAACCCUCCCAAAUGGAAACCCAGUUGAUGGAGAACCAAGCUGUGUCACUCCAAGUGACAUCCCAUUCUGUACUAAAACUCCAAGAUCUGUCACCUGAGGACUUACCAUCCCAAGCUCUACCAGUACAAGGCCUUUCAGAACAAUCUACACCAGCCAAGUCUACAUCAUCCGAUGUCAAACAGUCUUAUAAUCUGACAGCUAAUGACCUGUCCCCUCAAGGCAUACUAUCCCAAGAUAUGCUGCUUCAUGACAUGGCAUCAAAAGACAUGCAAUCCCUAUCUAUACUAUCUCAAGACACACUAUCCCACAACGUGUCACCCCAAGACAUACCUUCCCAAGACAUGUUAUCCCAAGCCGUAUCAGAACAAGCCAUAUUACCUGAAGCCUCAACAUCCCAUAUUGUGCAGGUCCCUAAAAUACAACACCUACUUCAGCAACCCCCAGAUCUUCGACCAGAAAACAUUCACCCUCAAAAUCAGCAAAAUUUACAAAUGUCAUAUCAAGAUAUUAGAUCAGAAGUUAUGGAAGAAACCAAAGAAUGGAAAGCUGAGGAGGAACUCCAUAGAAGAAAAUCCUCAAGACGGCAUUCCUUAAACCAGCAAACCAAAGGCUUGCAAUACAUAAGGAGAUAUUCCUUAUACAUGCAAACCAAAGGCCAGCAAUCCCCAAAGAGGCAUUCCUUGGAUCAGCAAAGCAAAGGCUGGCAAUCUCCAAAGCGGAAAUCCUUAGAUCAGCAAAUCAAAGACUGGCUAUCCCCAAAGAGGCACUCCAUAGAUAAGCAAGCUCAGCUUAAUCAAACCACAGAGCAACUCCCAGAUCAGCAAGCUGAAGAUCGGCAAGCCAAAGGGGAACAAUACCCAGAAGGACAAUCUAAAGAUGAGCAAGUUAAAGACCAGCAGACUGAUAAGGAGCAACACUCAAAGAAGCAAACCAAGGAUCAGCAAGCUGAAGACCAGCAGGCCCAAGAGAAGAAAUCCCCAAAAGGAUGGUACCAAAGUGUUCAACCUGAAGGACAGCAAGCUCAAGUGGAGAAAAUGCCAAAGCAGUUAUGCCAAGAUUCAGAAUCCCAAAUACAGCAAUACCAAUUCUGGCAAUAUCACAAAAGCAAUCUACAGACUGGACAACCCAAGACUGUCAAUCCAAUGACUGGAGAACUCAAGGCUGGAGAGACAAAUAUUACAAAGCACGAGAAUGGCAAUUUGCAAUGCAGCCCUGGCAAACACAAGAUCUGUUAGAGAAAGAAGCCCUAAAGCAGAAAGCUCUAUACCAAGAAGUCCAAACCCAGCACACCACAGCCCAACUUAACCUAGAAUGGGAAGAUGGUCAAGAUAAAGACCAACACGACCUUCGAUCCAGAGUUACACAGAAAGGAGAUAUGUAUACUAGAGACAUCAAACCAGGGGACAUAAAAUGUAUAGGGCAAACUUCAGGGGACCUACAGUCAGAAGACGUGAAGCCAGAUUUCCAUUCUUCUUCGGGCCAAAGCUCAGUACAAGACACAUGUUUAGCCUAUUUGUCCCAUCUAGAUUCGGAACAAGAUGUGCAACCAAAUACUUCAGCUUCCUCAAAUUCAUAUAAAGAAGAUGUGAAUUUAACUUCUACUUCAUGUGAUCCAAAAGAUCAACAGCAAUCUGAAGACUCUGAAUAACAUGCAGAAUCUACCCCCAAGUGCCACGCUGCCCCCAAUAAUGGAAUUAAAUUAGGAAAAACAAUGUCCUCUCCUCCAACCUGUGUUCUCAACUGUGGUUGCUACCUAAUUAUCUUACCAAGAAAUGAAGGGCAUGCAGAGCACUCAAGGAAUUUGUCCUUACUUAAAAUAAAAUGACAACAAA